UAUGAGUGGACUUGCGCGCAUGUCGCGAGCUCUGAGGGGCACGUGGAGAUGGUGAAGUUCCUCAAGGAGCAGUGUGGGCAGGAGAUCUUGGUGCAGAAAGAGCAGAACGGGUUGACAUGCGCCCAUCUCGCGAGCAAAGGAGGAUACUUGGAGGUUCUCAAGUACAUCAAGAAAGUCUGCGGCAAGAACGUCUUCGUGGAGAAGGACGAUAAUGGUGAGACUUGUGCUCACAAGGCAAGCAAGGAGGGUUUCCUGGAGUUGGUGAAGUUCUUCAAGGAAGAGUGUGGGAUAGAGUCUCUCAUGCAGGAAGACAAGGCUGGCUGGACGUGCGCACAUGCAGCAAGUCUGAACGGGCACUUGGAGGUUGUCAAGUACCUCAAGAAGAUUUGCGGCAAGGAAAUUCUCCUCAAGAAGGAAGGGGACGGUAGGAGCUGCGUGCAGAUUGCGAGUGGUGAAGGCUACCUCGACGUCGUCCAGUACGUCGUUGGCAUUUGCGGGAAGGACCUGCUGGUGCAACAAGACUCUCUCGGCUGGACGUGUGCGAUCGAGGCGAGCAAGGGGGGAUACUUAGACGUCCUUGAGUACAUCAGAGAUCAGUGUGGCAGUGACGUGCUGAGUAAGAACAACGACGGAGAGACGUGUGCGCAUGUGGCGAGCAAGAAAGGGCGAAUUGAGGUUGUCAAGUACAUCCAAGGAGAGUGCGGUAAGGAUGCGCUGCUGGAAGAGAACAAGUCAGGACAUACUUGCGUGCUGAGUGCGAGCGAAGGAGGUCAGGUGGAGGUGUUGAAGUACCUGAGAGAGCAGUUCGGAACAGAGACUCUGCUGGCCAAGUGCAAGAAUGGGGGGACAUGCGCGCAUGCUGCAAGCGCGGGAGGUCGAGUCAAGGUGCUCAAGUACAUCACGGCAGAGCUGGGCAACGAGGUGCUGCUGGAGAAGAACAACGACGGGGAAACAUGCGCACAUGUGGCGAGCAGGGAAGGGCGGGUGAGA